UUUCACCUCUCGAGAUCUCUGUCCCACUUCACUCACUACUUUCGCUUCCCGUUCCACACACGCAAGCCACGACUGCACCACUCCCGUCAAGACCAUGGACGCGCACAAGGGGUCUCGUACAGUCUUGGCCCUCCAGAUCGUCGCUCUGAUACUCAUACACGGAGUGGUAGGCGCUGCGGCGUACCGUCAAUUCGCCAAAGGGGCUCGUGCCCGAAACAACACGAUUGCCCUCUCGUUCUCUGCUAAGUCCAUCAUCAUCAUCUUCUAUGAGUUACUCACGGAGCACGUCCGGGCUCUUCAGCGUUGGAGGAGCCUGAAAGCGUACAUGAUUCUCUCUUGCAUGGAAGUCGUCUUCUGGAUUGCUGUGCCCGUCCUCAUGGUGAUGGCGUGGGUUAAGGACCACUGGAAAGGCACCACGGCCAUCCUAGGAGGAGUAAUCGUCGGCCUCGGCUCUGUCAUAGCGUGAGUACAACGACAAGAGACCGAGGGUCUUCUUGGAAGAGGCUAUCGACCAAAAGCGUGACACCGUCUCUUACCCCCCGCCUACUCCUACAGCCUUCUGUACGUCGCCUUGGCGUUCAUCAACAUUCGAAGGUGGAGAAAUCACAAGAACGCUUCUGCCCAUGCAAUGCCGUUGCGAGGUAUGGCAUCUCCCGACCAGGAGAAGUGAACGUCAUCGGCCACACGCUCGCGCGUGCUGCAAGGUUCGUCUAAUCAUCGCAUACCACUUUUCCU